AUGAGUGCUAAUACAACUCCUGUUGAUCCUACCAGUCCCCUAUUUGUUUACUCCUCUGAUGUUCCUGGUGUUUCUCUUGUGUCCACUCCCUUCUCGGGUAGUGGUUAUGGGGGUUGGAGAAGGAAAAUGAUUGUAGCUGAGAGUGUGCAGUAUUCUGAUACUGCACAGAGCAUAUGGGCACAGCUCGCAGCUAGAUAUGGUACUGCUAACAGAACCAAAAUUUUUGAACUAAAAAGAGAACUCUCUCAUACUUCUCAAGGAUCUCUAGAUGUAGCCUCAUAUUUUAACAAACUUAAAGGACUGUGGGAUGAAUUAGGAACAAUGUGUACAAAUCAUGGACAAAGAUGCAUUUGUCCUGCCAGAAAUAGCAUCAUACAGGAAGAUGAUGAGAAUAAGGUGUUUCAGUUCCAUAUGGGCCUUAAUGAAGCAUACAUGGGGGUAAGGAGUAACCUACUGAUGAUGCAGCCUCCUCCUACCCUUGACAGUGUCUACAAUAUGGUCCUCAAUGAUGAGAAACAGAGAUAA